AUGGGAAAUAUCUUAUGUUGUAUCAAUGAUUUAAAAAAUAAUAAAUCAAACAUAGAUGUAUUAAAAAAUGACAAUGAAUUAUAUGAGGAUUAUGAUAAUUGGACUUUAGAGGGAUGGAUAGAUAAAUAUGAAAAAGGAGAUGUAAUUAAAGUUGCUUUUCCAGAUGGUAAUGAAAUUCAAUGUCAUUUAAAACUUUAUUUAAAGGAAAAAUGUUUUGAAUUAUCCUUAGAUAAUAAAGUUAGAGUUAUAAAUUUCAAUGAUAUAAAUUGUAUACUACACAGAAAUAAUUGUGAAUCUCUAUUAGAAUCAGAAAAAAAUUUAUUAAAAUCUCCAAAAGUCAUAGGAAUCCGUUUAAUCAGUACUCUUAAGGCUAUUGCCUUUGCAAUGGAUAGCCCAGGAGAAGCAAGAAUGUUUACUGAAUUUAUAGAAAAAUAUUGUUUAAAUAAUUAA